AUGGUUAUUUUCGCUAUCAUUUGUCACCUUGCAUUGAUUCACCGAUCAAUAAGCCAGUCAUGCAAACACCAUCGUUCAGUGAAUGGUUUUGCCCUUGUUGAUCAUGAGUAUAAGUCAUUCACUGCAGAUCGCCUCGCUACCUGCUACAGCGCUUGUAAUACCCAGCUAACUUGUCAAAGUUUUAACUACGAUCUUGUCAACAAGAUUUGUCAGUUCAACAACGACACCAAGUAUUUCCGAGCCAAUUAUUUUAAGGAGAAAGCAACCUCGGUAUAUGCUGACAACCCAGAUUCUGGUAAGUAAUGUUUGAGACGUUAGAUAUUCAUCAAUUAUUGAAUCCUUUCUGCCCUGUUUCUGUUCAGUAACAGAUAACACAGAAUACUUCAAAAUGAGGUAACUGGAGCAAAAAGCGGCACGCAAACUGUAAGUGAGUAUGUCGCUGAUGUUUUUACCACAUUUUGACGUCGCUGCGACUUUGUACUGAACAGACUCACAGCUAUAGUUGAGAUCUAUUAGUUUUAUACAAUUAUCAAUAAAGAAAUUAAAACGUUAAACAUACCAUAUAGCACUAGUGUUUGAUUGUUCGAGAAUAUAUUAAAGUUGAGACAAUUUUCGCUCUCGUCAACGUUUCUUUUGUCUUGGCUCCUGUCUUUCUUUAUGAAAACUUAUGAACAAAUUUUCCCUAAACUCUUAUGCAUUUUUUUCCGGGGCCACACUCGCGUAAAGCAGAAUAAUGCAUAAUAUUAUGAACAUUUUCAAUAAUGCGAGACUUGUAGUGAUGAAAACUAUUUUGGACCGGUCUUCUUCUUGUUGAAUACUCGCCACGAACACUUUUCAUGUCCGAGUUUCUGCUAUUUUUCAUACUUUUAAACUCUUCUGCCGACGUGUUUUGGAGUCUUGCAGUCACUCAAUCCGAAAUAUGGCACAAAAAUUAUUUGGAACCAGACACUUUAAAGUGUGCAAGAUUUCCGAUGCAAGAGAAUAUUACAAUCAAUAAAUAAACUCUAGUUAAUUGGUUAUUGUAAUCAGAUAAUUGUUUAACAUGAUUCAGAGAACCUGGCAAGAGAGAAUUGAUUAAUUGAUAUCGACGAAAACUUAAAGUGUAGAAAGGAGUGUGGAAUUCUGGCUAAAAUAUCAACAUGUGGAGAAAUAUACUUCGAAAAGGGUGAAUCGAAGUAAAUUAAUGUUCAGUGGACAAAAACCUUUUAUCAGAAAAAAUUAAGCAAUAUCACAUUCUUUUUUAUAUUUUGCAAGGGCUAUAGAUGUAAUUAGUUAUCGAAAAUAACACCAAAGAAAAUUUCUUAUGAGAGCCCAAGAAAAUAAAUGUCAAAUUUCACAAAUGACACCUUAGACACAAAAUUUUCAGAACUCUACCUGUGUUUUAACAAUUCUUGUGAAAAUUGACUUUUAUUUUCUCGGGCUCUCAAGCGAAAUAUUCUUUGGUGUUAUUACACAUAACUUAUUACAUCUAUACCCCUUGAAAAAAUGUAAAAAAGAAUGCGAUAUUGUUUAAAUUAUUCUGGUACAAGGUUUUUGUCCACUAAAAAUUGAAAUUACUCAAUUUCCUGAUGGAUUCCGUCUUAAAUGUUUAAAAUUGAACUUGUGUGUAUCACAUAAUUUGAGACGUCCUCUUUUCUGAUAGACUGGAAAGUGUUCAAUGUAACAGACGCGACAUACCUGACUAAUUUGACAAUGCGCACCAUCGCUGUUUUUUACUUUUAUUUUUUUCAAUGCUGCAGUACUGUGCAAAAGAAAUGAGAGCGAACUUCGCCGAAAUUGCGAAUUUCGAAGAACAAAUUGCGAACUUUCGUUUCAGACGAAAAUUCGGCAAAAUUUCGGCGCAUCUAUUGUUCCAGUCCCUGCGAAAUUUCAGAAGCUAGGUGUUGAACCGAAUGCGAAAUUUCGGGGAACUUUCGCGAGAACAAAAGACGAAAUUCGACCAACUUCGCUCUUAUUACUUUUGCACAGUACUGUAGCAAAACAGUCUCGGAAAAAGGGUUUUAAUUUUAAAAAGGCUUAAAAUAUCGCAAAUGUCUUGUUAUAGUUAUGAUUAAUUGGUAAGAGAGUCUUCGGCGAGUAGUCCAAUUCGGUCUGUAUAAUCAUAAUAGUAAUCAUACGUGGUCGUCUGCUUUUGUUAAUCAGUCGUAUAAAUGACCGAAUUGGACUCAACUCAGUCCAAAUACCAUUACCAAAUGUAAUUUUCCGCUUGUUUUAGAAGUACCCUGGCGCAUGUUGAAUUUGAAUCGGGUCUGUUUUGGUGCCAAAGAUGACGGUUUUGGCAAGUUUCACAUUGGCGUUGGUGGGACCAUACUGGCAUUCAAACUGGUUCAUGUUAGUGGUUCUGUGAGUUGCAAAUACGGCGUUUUUACUAAAUGGGGCUGUAACCCUUCGGAAAACUAUAUUCAGACAGUCUUAACGAAUUCAAGUGACGUCAUCAUUGUGCCGGAGAGCCAGCGGACACCUUAUACACUGAACGGAUAUCACUCUGAUUCUCAAGAGAUUGUGUUCCCAGUGUUAACAAAUCCUAUGGUUUUGGCUUCUGGCCAAGAGCUGCGAUUGUGGUACGGAGAAGAUUUAGCAGAUGAUAGCGAAAGCAACAACGGUGGGACAACAUGCGCUGAUGUGUACGCCAAGUACAAGUAA